GCUCCUCCCCACCCCACUCCGCCGCUCACUCGCUCUCACUCCUUGGCUCGCUCGGUCAGUAGUGGUAGGCCGGCAGGAAGGCUCCCUCCCGGCCCACUCACAGCUGCCUGCCAUCGAAAACGCGCGCGCGCGCACGGGAGCGCGCUGCGUCCGUUGUUUCCAUGGCUCCAUCCCGCGCCGGCGCCGGCGCCGUGCUGCCCGUGGUGGUGGCGCUCCUCCUCGGCGUCGUCGCGGCCGCCGCCGCCACCGGUGGCGCCAGGAAGAUGGCGUCCCACUCCCACGGCGAGGGCGCGAAUCUCAAGGCAUCUCCCGGCGCGCCUGCGGCCGGCGGCUCGGCGGAGCAGUUCCGGGGCAAGGCGCGGCUGCCGAGCUUCGCCGCGCCGCGCCGCUACGAGCUCUUCCUCCGCCCAGACCUCGUCGCCUGCACCUUCUCCGGCUCGGUGGCCAUCUCCGUCGCCGUCUCCGCGCCCACCCGCUUCCUCGUGCUCAACGCCCUCGACCUCUCCGUCAACCGCACCUCCAUCCGCUUCCAGGCUUUGGAGCCCACGGAGGUGGUGUUCUUCAAGGAUGACGGCGUGUUGGUGCUCGGGUUCGCCAAGGAGCUGCCCCUCGGCGAGGGCCUGCUCAAGAUGGACUUCAACGGCAUUCUCAACGACCAGAUGAGAGGCUUCUACAGGAGUAAGUACCAGUAUAAGGGGAAAGAGAGAAACAUGGCGGUGACGCAGUUUGAGUCUGUGGAUGCACGGCGGUGCUUCCCCUGCUGGGAUGAGCCCGCAUUCAAGGCUAAGUUCAAGCUAACACUUGAAGUUCCAUCUGAGCUGGUAGCACUGUCCAACAUGCCAGUAGGUAACGCGACAUUUGCUGGUCCUAUCAAAACUGUGCGUUACCUGGAAUCGCCACCUAUGUCAACUUAUUUAGUGGCCAUAGUUGUCGGUUUGUUUGAAUAUGUAGAGGGUAUGACAACAAAAGGCACGAGAGUUCGUGUGUACACUCAAAUUGGUAAGAGUAACCAAGGGAAGUUUGCACUAGAUGUUGGAGUGAAGUCGUUGAAUCUCUAUAAAGAUUACUUUGACACUCCUUAUCCACUCCCCAAGUUGGAUAUGGUUGCUAUCCCCGAUUUUGCUGCUGGAGCCAUGGAGAACUACGGAUUGGUCACUUACCGGGAAGUAGCUUUGCUUUUCGAUGACAAGUCUUCAUCAGCAUCCAGCAGACAGAGUGUUGCAAUUACUGUGGCACAUGAAUUGGCUCAUCAAUGGUUUGGCAAUCUUGUAACCAUGGAAUGGUGGACUCACUUGUGGUUGAAUGAGGGAUUUGCCACAUGGGUGAGCCAUCUAGCAGUAGAUUCUUUUUUUCCACAAUGGAAUAUCUGGACACAGUUUCUUGAUAGCACAACCACUGCUCUCAGGCUGGAUUCACUAGAGGCGUCUCAUCCCAUUGAGGUUGAAAUACACCAUGCCAGUGAAGUUGAUCAGAUUUUUGAUGCUAUUAGCUAUGACAAGGGUGCUUCUGUUAUUCGCAUGCUACAAAGUUACCUUGGCGCAGAGCGUUUUCAGAAAGCGAUGGCUUCAUAUAUGAAGAAAUAUGCAUUCUCAAAUGCUAAAACCGAGGACCUGUGGGCUGUUCUUGAAAAGGAAACUGGUGAACCUGUCAAGGAUUUGAUGACUAUAUGGACGAAGCAAAAAGGUUAUCCUGUUAUUAAUGCGAAAAUUAAAGGGAAUGACAUAGAGAUUGAGCAGGCCCAGUUUUUGUUAGAUGGGUCCUCUGGUUCUGGCAUGUGGAUUGUCCCUAUAACUUCAGGAUGUGGUGCAUAUGAUACACAGAAAAAGUUCUUGUUGAAACUUAAACGUGAUAAGAUGGUCAUUGGUUCACAAUGUGGUGACCGAAAGAAGGGCGGAAACUUUUGGACUAAGUUGAAUAUAAAUGGAACUGGGUUUUACAGAGUUAAAUAUGACGAUGAGCUUGCAGCUGCACUUCAAAAUGCGUUGGAGAGCAAGAAGCUCUCACUAAUGGAUAAAAUUGGCACUGUGGAUGACUUAUAUGCGCUUUCUAUUGCCCGCCAGCAAACAUUUGCGUCGUUGCUACGUUUACUCUACGGUUAUCGUGGGGAAGCUGAUUAUAGUGUUCUUUCACACAUAAACACUGUAACCACAAGUAUAGCUAAAGUAUCUGCUGAUGCUACUCCUGCCUUGGCUGGUGACAUCAAACAACUUUUGAUCAAGAUUCUUUUGUCACCUGCAGAAAAGUUGGGCUGGGACCCCAAGAAGGGUGAAAGCCACCUGGAUGUAAUGCUUAGACCACUGCUGUUGACUGCACUUGUCCAACUUGGACAUGGUAAGACCAUUAAUGAAGGAGUUAGGCGCUUUAACAUCUUCACACGUGAUCGCGGCACUUCUCUUCUUCCUCCGGAUACUAGAAAGGCCGCAUACCUUGCUGUGAUGCAGAAUGUUAGUAGUUCAAACAGAUCCGGUUAUGAUGCUCUCCGAAAAAUCUACAAGGAGUCAGCUGAAGGGGAGGAAAGAUUACAAGUCUUAGGCAUAUUAUCUUCUUGCCGGGAUAAGGGUAUUGUCCUUGAAUCACUGAAUUUAAUUUUCACUAAUGAGGUUCGCAAUCAAGAUGCAUAUGUUCUCCUUAGAGGUAUUCAAUCAGAGGCACGUGAAAUUUCGUGGAACUGGUUGAAGGAAAACUGGGAGCGCAUCUCAAGGACAUUUUCCGGGAGCUUGGCGGCGAAUUUUGUUAAAAACAUUGUUCCAUUGGUACAUUUAAUCACAGUUCUAUUGCCCUAUUUCCGUGAUCAUAUUCCCCAGUUUUGCAGGUAUUAUUUCCAUGAGGCCAUAGCUAAUGUGGACUUCCUUGUUUCUUGUCAGUUCACCUCCAACGAGAAGGCCGCAGAGAUCUCCAAGUUCUUUGCAACGCGCACAAAGCCUGGAUUCGAGAGGACGCUGAAGCAGAGCCUUGAAACCGUGCGGAUCAGCGCGAGAUGGGCCGAGGGCAUCAGGAGUGAGCCCGGGCUUGCACAGACGGUGCGCGAGCUCCUGGCCAAGCCCUGACGUGCUGCAGCUAGAGUGCUAGGUUACAGUUGUUGUUGGCAAUAAGAAUGCAUUUGUGCCUUAUCAUGUGUGGAAACUGUGGCUUGAGAUGGUAUUUGGUUGUACAUUUGUAGUGGUGGUGGUAGUGAGUCAGCUGAUUGCAGUUUGUAGCCAAAUCAUUUAUUGUUAUGAAUGCAUGUGGUGCAAACGGGUUGUAUGAAGAAUGAGAACAAGGAGGAACUAGGUAGCAUAUGUCCAUUAAGAGGAAAUUCAGGCAAAACAAAGAAAUUUUCGGAAAGGCUCCAAUCUCAGUGUCA